AUGACAGGCUUUAAUUCUUCUGUGGUCACUCAACCCUUCAACCUUUCAGUUGUGGCUAGCAACGGGACUGAACAGCUCAAAACACUCGUUGCUCCUUCGUGGGUCAGUACGCCCAAUGUACGUGGGACGUUAGACAUAUUGCAAAGCUGCAUUUUGACUCUCAUCGCCUGUAUUUACACGGCUUUGCACCUCGAUGUUCCCAAGAAAACGACGUGGCAACACUUGUUGUGGCAAAAAUUCAAAUGGGCCAUCAUUACCCUCUUUGCACCUGAAGUAGCUGUUUUCGUGGCUGCAGCACAAUCGCGUUAUGCUUGGAUCCUAAGAUCAGCGCUUCGAAAGAUUCAGAAGAAACAGCAGGAGUCGCCUGACUGGACACCUGGUACAUACGUCGAGAUUAACCUCAAAUAUGCUUUUUUCAUUGUCAUGGGAGCUGUUCGAUUCGACGUCCACGAUAUUCUUUCGUUGAAUGAUCUUGACGAAUCUCACUGUUCCUACUUUAAGAACAUGACUCAAGAUCGACGCUCGGUUAGAUCGGCUCCAGCAUCUGUAAUUUGGCUUGCUGAACGUGGUCAUUGGAUAAAAGUCCGAAAGCAAGAUAUCGACGACAAGAGCAAAGCCAACACUAUCCAGAAAGCUCUUGUUCUUAUACAAGUUCUUUGGAUGGUCACACAAUGCAUAGCGAGACGCAUAAACGACCUACCUGUAUCUCUGUUAGAGAUUCAUACAAUCGUUCAUGUUGUUUGCGCGGUUUUUCUCUAUGCUUGUUGGUUCGAAAAACCGCUGGAUGUCCAGGAAGCGAUUGUUUUGUCAGCAGAUAAAUUUAGAGGUGAAAUUGCCGCCAUGUUACAGCGACAUUUCUACAGUGAUAUUUCAUAUAAGAUGGCGCUUUUCCCACCGAAGAGGACUGAGGAACAGCUUCCCCCAACGGAUUCUAAAGGGUCGCCAAUGCGUUGGAUCCAUAAUCAACCAGGGCAGGUCAUGAAGGAGGGUGAUAUCAUGCCGUCAGGCCUUGCACUAUCCGCAGCAAAAGUGCGAAAAAACCCAGACUCUUCUACGUAUGAAUUUGAUCCACAAGAAGAAUCUACAGGUGUUUCAUUUGUAUUAGAACCUCAAUUCAUGGAACGCUGGAGACAAAUCUUCACCACAUACCCCUUUGAAGGUAGGGGCAGGUUGACCCAUGAUCCUGACAAACUUAUAAUGCGAGCGAAAGGGCAGGAUGACGGGCCGCAAGACCUCACCAAUGUGGAGGGAAUUCUAUAUAUCCCAACGAUAAAGGAAUUAGAGCCUCCUGAGUGGGUCACUGAUGGAGAGAGACUGUUUUGGGAGACUGAGUCAAUCUUCCAUUUACACUGGUGGGAUGAAUCAGAAGAGGGUAAAAAGAAAUAUUGGAAGACGUCAAUCAGAAACUCGGAUCUCACAUUCCUUUCUUGGCAGUUUAUUCUACUUGCCAUAUUCCUUACUGGCGUGUAUGGUGGUGUUCAUAUGAGCAUAUGGGGGCAGGUCUUUCCUUCGAAUGUGGAAGACAUUAUGUGGAAGGUCAGUUGCCUAAUCCUGGUUUCCUGGCUUCCUGCUAUCAUCCUUAUUUUGCUUAUGUUUGUCCCCUUAUUGAUGCUGCUGGAGCAUUGGGAAGAAAAAAACGAUGGCAUGGUUCGGGCAAUGCUCAGCAUAACGGGUUAUGUGAUAGCUUUACUACCGGUUGUCAUCCUCCUGACUCUUUGGCUGGCAUACAUAUCAGCGCGUAUUUUCAUCAUCGUGGAAUCAUUUCUAUGUUUGCGACGGGCACCUGUUGGCGUUUUCUUGUCUCCCGAAUGGGUGGAGCUUUUCCCACACUUCUAA